AGAUCCGUGCGUUUCCACCGCUGUUUUAAUGUUCCUUUUUAGCUGCAGUGUUGUGGCACCCGGGGUAUCGAGUGGAGGAUGAAAGGUGGGUGGCUGGGAGGGAGGAAGUUCUAUGUCUCAUUUGUGUCUCUGUUUUUUGAGUUGCAAAAGAGAUGGAUCAGAUCACAACUCACAGCACACAACCCCACCGAGAUAUUGUUUUGUUUAUUUUUACCAGAAUACAACUUCUGUCUCUUUUUUUUUCUUUUUCCUGUGCUCUUUCUGCACGGUGUUCCUUGGCAGAAAGAGCAGCUCUGCCCUGGCUCUGAGUGCAGAAAUAAUUAAUGUGAUAACAGAGGCUCUCUCUCUGUCUUCGUCUUUCUUCUGUCUUUUUUUCCCCCCUCCAACACGCCCACACCCUAAGACUUUCUGACAGCUUAGAGCAAACUUUGAUGUGAGGCUGAGGUAAAACAAUGCAGAGCAAAACCAAAGCAGAGUGCAAAUCAAAUUUGGUAGUCUUACGAAACUCGCUUGAAAAUGUGCCAUUAUCACUUUAGCUCUACCCGUAUUUCAUCUCCAUCAGAUUAAUUCGAAAAAACGAUGCUUGCUGUGUCCACAAACUUAUUGCUGCGUUGUCGUUCAUUAGAGGUGUGUGUGUGUGUUUUUUUAGUGAGUCAAUCAAUGGGAAAUAUCCCCAGGAGGUUUGUUAAACCAUAGAGGGAGUUCAUUUAAAGUCAGAGGUACCAAUACUCCAUCCCUUUUCUUUUUAAUGACACUCCAGCAGCUUCACAGCCUCAGAAGGAAAAGAGAAGGGAGGCUGAUAACAGAAUAAAAGUGUGCCUAAGCACGAUUCCUUUAAAACUCGGAGACCUAGUGAAAGUCGAGGUCAGCCUAUAUAUUUUUUUCUGCUGAAGGAGUCACGGCUACAGUACAGACAAAUCUCCUUCAAUUCUCCUCCCUGUCCUUUCAUUUCAGCCUGUUUUAUACCUGUGAGUUUACAAUACAUCUCAAAUUGUACCAAUAAACUAGUUAGCUGUAUGUACUACUCAAGGUUACUGAAUGUGUCAUUUUGUGGCAUCGAGGAUGGCACUUUGCAAAAUGUAAUAGAGCAGCUUUGACAUUAACAAAAAAAAAAGAAAAAAAAAAGCAAUGGCCGAGUGAGAUAAUGAAGAGCUGUCCCCGCUUUUAUUAACCACUCGCCAUCUAAAAGAGAACAUCAUCCAUCCCUCCGUGUGCAAAUUGCAAGCUAUUCUACAUGCAGGCUUAAAAUAAGCUUCAUUCCGUGUCCGCGAAUCCCGAUUUAGUCUAAAUGAAUCCUGGCAGAGUUGUAAAAAAUUGCCCCAAUCAUGCGCCUCAGACGCACGGAAAGGCGUGCCUCAGAUUGCGCUUAAAUUUAAGUCGGUGCAGCGGUGAAGGGCACAGUUCUCUUUGGAUUUACACCAAGGCUGUGCCUCGAAGCACAUGCGAGCUUCAUUUGGAUUUUUAUUUUGUUAAGCUCAUAUACAUACAAUAUUUAUUUUAUUUUUUCUGAAUAAUUUUUUGCGUCUGGUGGACGGAAUUGUGCCACAUUGGAGCUUUCCGGUGCGCGUCAAUGGGCGACACAAUAUAGGCUACACACGCGAGCUUCAGCCUUUUUUGUCCUGAAUACUUGCCCUCACAUGGCAGUGGCGAGACAUAAACACCUGGCGUGUGUGUAGCCUACUUUUUAUUUUAAUUUUUUAUAUAUCGCUUAAUCAAGAGCUUGUUUGUAGUCGGAGCGUGGAGAGCCGUGGCCGUGAGCCUCGCAGAGCGCACAAAGCCCUCUGAUGUGGACCACUUUGCCAGUCUUUUUGAUUUAUGGCUAAACUGGAGAUUUUCUGCUGACUGGACGCAGUUUGAGGAGUUAGGUUUGUCUUAUUCUCCUUUGUGUCUUCAACGGAUCCUGCCAUUACCAAUGAUGACUGAGAACAACGAGAUGGAGAGCGACUCGCAGCUCGAGCGCUCUCCGAGCAACAUGUCCAUCCAGCCGAUGUCAUCCAAGCUCCAGAGACUAAAGCGCUCGCUGUCCUUCAAGACCAUGAUGCGCAGCAAGAGCGUGGAGAACUUCUUCCAGAGGUCCUACAGCGACGCUCGCCUGCCGCCCGAUUUCAUCACCGACCCACCACCCCCGUCUCCCCCCCUCUUGCCCGGCUCCCCUCUUGUCGGCGAGCGCUCGCCGUCCAUUUCGCCCUCUCUCAGCCCCAACCCUUCCAUCUCGUCCCACUCGCCCUCGCUCAGCCACUCCCCGUCGCUGCCCACCAAGCCCGCCAGGCCUCAGAUCACUCACUGUUUCCAGGACCACGUCUUUCGGAAGCCAACCAACUGCGAGCACUGCAAGCAUAUGAUAGUGGGAAACUCCAAACAAGCUCUGCGGUGUAAAACGUGCAAGUUGGCUGCUCACCUGUGGUGCACCUCGGAACUAUCGCAGCAGCCGUGUCACGGCAAGUCGGGAGCGUUCAAGCGAAACUUCAGCUCGCCGAUGCUCGUCAAUGACCAACUGGCGGUCGUCAAGGAGGUCCAGCCGAGCCAAGAGGCUGCGAGGAUGCGCGUUGACCCCGUGUACGCCGCCCUGCGCUACGGGACGUCCUUGGCACAGAUGAGCCGCUCCAGUUUUGGCAGUUUGUCAGAAUCACCGACGCGCAGCUUGGAGGAGGGAGGUGAGGAGAGGCAGCAGAGACAGAGCAGCAUGGAGGAAGAGAUAACUCAGGAGACAGGGGUUGCAGACGAGCCUGUCCCCGAGCCGGAGAUGGAGAAAGAGGUAGAGGAGAGCGCCGAGCAAACCCAGACUCCUGCAGAGGAGAGCGGCGUGAAGGUGCCCAAACGCAUUGAAGUCCACUCCAUCCACACCUAUGUAGCGCUCUACAAAUUUCUGCCUCAGGAACAAAACGACCUGGAACUACAUCCCGGGGAUCGGGUGCAGGUCACUGACGACUCUAAUGAGGAGUGGUGGAAGGGCAAAAGUGGUGACAGAGUCGGCUUUUUCCCCGCCAACUUUGUGCAGAGGGUCCGGCCAGGAGAGAGAGUGUGGCGGGUCGUCCAGGGUGUCCCCGGAAACCGGGAGAGAGGUCACAUGGCUGUGAGGGAAUCCCAGAUUUGCGUGGGGAAGAGAGAAGAGGGCGAGAUGUUUUUGAAGCUGAGCAGUGGGAAGAAGAGAGGACUGGUCCCAGCUGACUCCAUAGAGGAGAUUUGAACCUCACUGCGCAGAUCACCAUCCCUCCACCUCCCCAGGGACACACCCAUCUUCAAACCAUUGUUGCCGCCCCUCCCCACAUGUUCCCGCAGCAAAAGAACAGCCCCAGCUUCUCCAACUGACCAGCGCAGAGAGACAGAGAGUGCAGAUUUCUGCAAAGAUCUGGAACAACGACUCUGCAUAAACACAUGGUUUCCAGUCGGUUGCUAGUACGCCUUUAUUAGAGUAUAGUCAUGCAAUCAUCCUGCUCUUAGAGAGAACCUGGUUCCUGUAGGUUUGUCAAACUCAAUUAAUCAAUACGUUGUUAGACAAAGCGAGCACAAGUGGAAAAAUUAGUUUGUCUAAAGCAAGAAGAAGUCCACCGAUGUGGGAGGAGGCUGAAUCCUGUCGUGGGAACGCGAUGCUUCUGUCAGCGUCCUUUUCUUGUUUCUUCCCACUCUGUGUGUCUCAUCCCUCUAUCUGCUCAUUUCAGGGUCUCAGCCCUGGGGACUGUUAUCAGCUCCAUGUAGACUGCUACACAACAAGAUGCACUUGCCAAAAACAACCACUGCCAGCCGUGGAAAGCGGCCGCCAUCCAGACAGACAGCGGAAUCAGAUGAAAGGCGUAUGAGCGAUCUGAAAAUCCUCAGUAGCUGCUGGCUGAGUUAUAGCUACACUCCCCAGUUUGAGAGUGGCGAAAUGAGGAGGUUUUCAAAGGAGAAUGUGAGGCUUUAAGGAUCUUUUCACAGGGAACUCAAAACCUAUUUUUCCUUACCUAUUUUGAGAAUAAUAUAAUGACUAAAUUAUGUCUUAAAAAUACUUCAGCAUCUUUUGGUUUGUGGUACGAGUCACGUGGCGAACCCCAUCAUUCACACAGAUGAUACGACUGACUUUACCUUUCUGGCUAUCGGCGACACAAGAACUUGAUCUCCCAGGGAUUGUUUGACAAAAUGUUCCUUUCAGUUAAUAUCCUUGCUGAUUGCAUGUCGUUGUAACGUGUCUGCUGGCUACUAAUAUGCAGCAGUGUUUUUGUCGUGUUAUUGUUUCAGAAAGAGCAAAUAGUAGGGACAAGAGCAUAUUGGUCGUCAUUUGGUUGUCAUAAGCACUGAACCAGAAACGUUAACAUCUCCCAGUUAAAGACUUUACAAGUCGUAGAAGCUGUUCUCCAUUUUUUUUGUGUUGUUUUGUUUUGUUUUUUUUCCACAUAAAGGAGCUAGCUCCAUGGGCAUAAAAGGGUUUGUUUUCUGCAGAGAGCCGCUGAAGGGCCACAGCGGGUGUUGCAAGUGUUGCCCAGCAUUUUAACAUGUUCACUAGAGCUCAAACAGCGGGAAAUAAACUGCAGCCAGUCUGCCUGAAAAAACAACAACGCAAUGGGGAUCUUUCUGACCACGACAAAGAGCCUAAGUUUCGCUGACAGCUCUGAGGACACGGGAAAACAGAAGGAGGAGGCGGUGCAGCGAGAGGAAUGACACGAGUGUUGAACCGUUAUGAGUCAGUGUGCGUGCAGGUAGCGUUGUACCCAUGGGUGCGCGAGUCAUCAUUGAUCAAAUGUCAGCCUGUCAUCUCCAUCUUCCACUCCCUCUUUGGCCUCUCUUGUCCUCUUGUUAUUGAUGUGACUGGUCAGCUUCGAAAACAUAGACUGAAGACAUUUUCACUUGCAUGUCAGUAACAGUUUUAACUUCUACAGUUUCAUUCAUUCAUGGCUUCUCCGGUGAAUCUGAUGCAUUUCUGUAAAAGAACGCCCUGUUCCAGAGAGGAAAACGUGAAGCACAGAAUGCAUUACUACAGUGAUAAAUUAUGAACUAAUUUAGCUCAUGUUUCUUUUCAGCGUUCUAGCCAAUAUGAUCCUUUUUAGACUACAUUUCCUUUGUUAAAAAUAAAAAAAAGCUGUGAAAAAUAAGCUUCUCUUCAUGUAAUAACAGGAACAGCACUUUAUUUUGUGUCUUUUGAAUAAGUUGUGUUUUUAUUGAGGUAUCUUCUCGCUAUUAGCUAGUCAUAUUUAACAAUACUCAUCAGUCGAAGGACUUCUUGUUUGUCUUUGUUCGUCAUCAGCGGCGUAAACAGUACAAAGGUCUGGGAGAAAUUCAGAGCAGAACUGGAUUCAUCAAUGUAAACACCGUCCUAUCCUGCAUCGUGCCUAGUUUUAUGUAGCGUCAUGUUCAACAUGUUAAAGAUUUUAAAAUGUACAUUAUGUGUUUGGAUGUUUCUUCUGUCAAUAGUUGGCCACAUACCUCAAUAAAACAUGUUUGCAAAAUA